UUCAGCUUCAGGCUCCGCUUCAGGCUCAGCAUCAGGCUCAGCUUCUCUCUGCGCCGCUGAGGAUUUAAAACAGAAACAAGAACAAAAACAAAAAACAAACAAACAAGCGAUUCAAGGACCUGCGACGUUUCCUGCGCCGGCCGAAGACUCAGGUGUUGUCUGGAUGGAUUGAUGCUGCAUGCUGCUCAGUUGGAAAGGAACAUCCGUCUCCAGACCAGCCCUCGGCCCCCGGCCCCCGGCCCCGGCCCGUCCCUCCACAAGAAUGAACUCCUCGCCCCAUGGCUCCCGCGCCUCCAUCGACAUCCUGGAGGACCUCCAGCUGAUUGCCGCACAGAACCUGGAAAAACUGGACAUCAACAAAUACUAUGAGGUCGUCCGUGAACUGGGCAAGGGCACCUACGGGAAAGUGGACCUGGUCAUCCACAAAAUCAGAGGCACAAAAAUGGCCCUGAAGUUUUUGAGGAAGAAGACCACCAAGCUGAAGAGCUUUCUGAGAGAGUACAGCAUCUCCCUUUACCUGUCGCCCUGCCCGUUCAUCAUCAACAUGUACGGCAUCGCCUUCGAAACCGACGAGUACUACAUCUUCGCUCAGGAGUACGCUCUCGCCGGAGAUCUGUUUGACAUCAUCCCUCCACAGGUGGGGCUCCCUGAGACGGUGGCGAAGCGCUGCGUCCACCAGGUGGCCAUCGCCCUGGAUUACCUGCACUGUAAGAAGCUGGUCCACAGGGACAUCAAGCCCGAGAACGUCCUGAUCUUUGACAAAGAGUGCAGAAAGGUCAAGCUGUCGGACUUUGGCAUGACGCGGCGUGCCGGCUCUCCUGUGAAGCGCGUGAGCGGCACGAUCCCGUACACGGCGCCCGAGCUGUGCGACACCUCGCGGCACGAGGGUUUCUGUGUGGACUACAGCACGGACGUGUGGGCGUUUGGCGUGCUGCUCUUCUGCAUGCUGACGGGAAACUUCCCCUGGGAGAAGGCCAUGCCGAACGAUGCCUUCUACGAGGAGUUUGUCCGCUGGCAGCGUCGUCGGACGGGCACGGUGCCCUCGCAGUGGCGCCGCUUCACUGAUGAAGCUCUACGAAUGUUCCGCAGGCUCCUCUCCAUCGAGCAGGAGCGCCGCUGCUCCGUCAAAGAGGUCUUCAGCUACUUCAACCAGUGCUGGAUGUUGGACACGGAGAACGGGAACAGCGGCGGCGGGGGUUUAGCGAGCAGCGUUCCUCCUCUGGACAUCAGCUCGUCCUCGUCUGAGGAAGACGUGUUAGUGGACAGACUGAAGCAGCAGAGCCUCUCACCUGCCUGUGUGGUGGCGAAGGGAAGCAUCAUGAUGGACAGCCACUACUCCUCCAUGUCCACCAACAGCUCUCCGUCCUCCACCGGCAGCUACGAGCGGGUCAACAGAGAGAACAGCGAAAGAGGACGCAUCCUGGUGGCCACGCCCAUCGAGAUCUGCGUGUAGAGGCUGCUGAUGACGCUGUACAGGUUACCUGCUCACCUGUGAGGCUGGUGUGAGCUGAAGAUUAAGAUGAAGAUUUCUCCGAGAUUGAGAAACAGGAGAAAAGGAGGAGGGAGGUGUAGCAACAGGUGCUUGGACACUAUGGACAGUCUGACACACGCUGUAGCUUCACUGUGGAUUUAAUCAUUUCUGAUGAAGACGAACUCUGAGGAAAUGACCAGUGAGACAAUCACGCGCUGUGGCCUCCUGUAUGUGGUCCAAACUUCAGUUACUGUAAAAGUAGAAGACAUGAACUCACUGGACAAACUAGAGAAAACACAAACUGAAGGGAGAGCAAACAAACAAACAAACAAACAAACAAAACAACACAAUCCACAAGCAAUAUGUUCAAAUGUUUGGAAUAACCCAAUCACUGCAAAAACAAUCUGUGAAGAAACAGGGGGAAGUGAUUGUUUCUCAGUCAGAUGAUUUGUGCAUAGAGGACUGAUGGUACUGUUGUGUGUUUACUGUAGUGUACCAUUUUCAUGUUUGGUAGAUAUGUUUCUGUGAAGUGUGUGUUUUCUUAUUUUUAUUUGGAGUUAAAUUAUUUAUUUAUGUCAGAUGCAUAUAUUUAUGAUUUGUUUUAUUGAACGGCAUCAGAAAUCCGACAGUUGCUUUUUUAUUUUCUCUUUGAGAAUUAAAAAUUAAAAUCAUAAAAAUUUGAAUUACUUACAAAAAACAAACAAAAAAAAUGUAGAAGCAGGCCAUUUUGGCUUUCACGCACAUUUUUCAUUACAAUAUUCAUCACCAUGUUGUUGUUGUUGUGGUCUCCCAUGAAAAUAGAUGUACGUAAACUGUUUUUCUCACCCAAACUGUCCUUUUCCUGUUUUCCUGCGAUGCCUAAACCCACUGUACAGUAGCAACCAACAACACAAGUGGCUGAAAACACCUCAUGGUCACCAGUAAGUGUAAACUGGGUAUCUUCUUACUUUUCUAACCAGUCCUCCCAUUAGACUGGGACCAUUACUGAAUACUACGGCAGCACAGUUAACAAUGUGAACGGUCUAACACUUUUCUAACCAUUUGUAAGGUGAAUGAACUAAAAAAGUACAUUUUCUUUGUGAUCACAUACAAUUAUCUACUUAUUAACCUGAUAAAUAGGCGAAAAGCGUAAAAUAUACCAUGAAUUAUUAGUCGCAGUUUAUUAAUUUUUCUACUUGCAUGGUUAAUAAAGAAAAUGGAGCAAUUAACAAUUAUCUAAAAGUCAUAUAUCGGGAUUUUUAUUCUAAAAAAAUAAGCAAGAUCCUGGAAAUAUCCUUAACAUUAAAUCUACCGACUGACUAAAAUCCUGUAUGUGGUGACACGACUUGACAUUUUACUGCCCUCUCUACCUUUUAUUCCAGUUUUUUGCUGUCUAACUCAUUCAAAAGCUAAUGUGACACUGGAUGGACGAAUGUAGAAAACACAAAAAUGUCUUUUGGAUUUGGGGAUUAAAAUGUUUACGAAAUCUUUCUCUUUUUUUGUUUUUCAGAAGUAUUGCAUGAAUAUUA